UAGGGUUCUAGAGACGCGGCUAUGGCUGACUUGGGGGUGAAAUUUCCCUCGUUCUUGCCCCCGGAGGCCUCGCAUUUGAAGGAGCAAGCUGCGCGGAUCAUGGCGUCGAGGAUCAAGAGGCUGCCAGUGACGACGGAGCUGAGCGCCUCGCCAAUCUUGACGAGCUGUGUCACGCCGGGAGUGAUUCGAUCCAAUGCAAGUCCACUGCUGCUCCUGCAUGGCUUCGACAGCUCUUGCCUGGAAUGGAGGCGGGCGUUUCCCUUGCUUGAAGAUGCUGGCCUUGAGCCUUGGGCUGUGGAUAUUCUAGGCUGGGGAUUUUCUUCGUCGGAGAGAAAGAUUUCGUCAUACGGUGCAAAAGCAAAGACGAGGCAUCUAUAUGACUUUUGGAGAUCUCAUAUUCGAAGGCCAGCCAUAGUCGUUGGCCCGAGCUUGGGAGGUGCGGCUGCUAUCGAGCUUGCUGCAACUUAUCCGGAGAUGGUGUCUAAGCUGGUGUUGAUUGAUGCUCAAGGCUAUGCAGAAGGAUUGGGAAAUCUCACCACUUCUCCGAGAUCGCUUUUGUACGCAGGGGCAGCUGUUCUGAAGAGUGUGCCUCUCCGUGCAUAUGCGAACUUAUUAAUUUUCAAAGGCCUGAAUUAUAGCUCGUUGAUGGACUUGAUUCGGGUGGGAAGACUUCACUGCCUUAUGCCAGGAUGGGCCGAUGCUUUGGUCGAUUUCAUGAUUAGUGGAGGUUAUAACGUCGUCUCUCAAAUACCACAGGUGGACAAGGAAACUCUGUUGAUAUGGGGGGAGCGGGAUACUAUUGUUCCAACGUUUAAUGCCGAGAAAUUUCUCGUGGAUCUCCCGAAUUCCCGGCUCGAGAUUAUCAGCGACUGCGGUCAUAUACCACAUGUUGAGAGGCCUACAGCCGUGGCAGACUCGUUAUCCAGAUUUUUAAAAGACGGGGCCGACCUCGCUAGCGCUGGAACCUCUUCUUUAUCAGUGUCCUUGUGAAGUCAUUGACACAACCCACGAGAUUAUGAAUCUCAGUUGGCAAAACCACACAGGGAAAGAACGUGAGUUUUCAUUUCUCGUGAAACACGCUGAGAUAUUUCCUGCAGGGAAAACUAAGACUUAAAAAAUCAGCUGUGACAAGACUCCAGGCGCCGAACACUCCAGUCUCAGUGCUUGCUGAGCUACACGAGCUCCUCGCUCCUGGUCAGUGUGAAUCCGACAAGCAGCAAGCAGCGCUUUCACACGAUGUCAGUAUCAAGAAAGGGCAUGUUGGCGAUGAGUU